AUGGUGCUCUCCCAGAGUGCCUCGGCCCCCGACCUGGGCGCGGAACGACGAGGAUCAGGCAGUUCCAGCUUGAAGAAGGCCGGUGCCGCCGCGCUGGGAGGCUCGAGCUCCCAGGUCUUUACCACGACCCUCUAUGAACAGAUGAAAUCCAAGGGACUCUUCAAGAACCAUUUCCCCAACAUUCCGCCCGCGGGAAAGUCCAUCAACGUGCCCUUAAAUGACUCGGCACAGCAGGAUUUGGCGCCGGAGAUCUUCUUCCCGCUGCCCGCGACGCCUGUGAGCGAGCGGAAAUUCCGCAGGAUCUCACACGGCCCGGGGGAGAUUUGCGUUCAUCACGGCCUGAAGGAUCAGCUGCUCCCAGCGGAGGACUUCCGCUACGGCAUUCGGGGCCAAAAGGGCGCUAGCACCGAAGACACCAUGAAGGCUGGCCUCCUGCUUGGGGUCGCUGCCUAUCAGAACGAAGUGGCCGAGUCCAUCUACGAGUCGCGCAAGAAAGAGCCCCUAGGAAGACCCUGGAACCGCGGGCAUGCGAUCAAAAUGCUGCCCGAGGGCUUCGGCAAUCCCAGUGGUGAACCGCAAAAUGGCAAGGAGGUCAUCUAUGGGAUUCACCAGCCGCCAGACAAGGAGGAGCACAGGUUGCUGUACAAAUACACGCACAACAACUUCAACCCUGGCGAGCGCAUCGAGCGCAAGUACCGAUGGCCGGCCGAGACAAAGGACUCCCGGUUCCGCUUCGGGCAUGGGCUUGGGCAAGCGCAGGAAGGAGCAGGUGCUCGCUUGGCCCUAAAUUGGGACGUUGAAGAUGAUGGGUCUGUUCGGAAGACUCGACUGGUGCAGAAGAAUGUGGAGGAUUUCCGAACGGUGCAGCACACGAAGGUCUACCACAAAGCCCAUGCGAAGCAGGGCGCCAAUGGUCCUCCUUUGGACCCAGACUUUCAACAUGGUGUAAAGUCAGGCAUCAGUGACUACACAGCCAAGAGUUGCAUCCAGGGGUACUACGCGUUGGAGGAUCAGCUUCCUGACCAGGACCUCGGUCGAUGCCUGAAGCCGGGCCGGCGGAAUGUGACGGUGGCGACCCGUGCGUUUGGAGUGCCGUCGGUGCGCACGGAUAUCCCUGCGCCGCCUCCAGACAAGCGGUCCAUUGCCGACAACUGCAGCUACGGUGAUGAGUGCAGCGCCGCGGCACUCUUGAAUCCCCAGCGCUUCGAUGAUCGGGGCGUUCCUGAUCGGGACUUCCUCAUCCGCAGACCGAAGGAGGAGCUCAAAGCACUGGUGGAGUCCUGCGAUGUGGAAGGGGUCGAUUUCGAGGCCUUGUGGGAGGAGUGCGUGCCUCUCUUCGAUGAUGGCUUGCCACUCGUCUCGCUGGAUGCGAUGCUUUUUGUUCAUACCAAGAAGAUCGAGGACCGUGUCGCUGCCCUCCAUUCGGGCACCGGUCCUGGGCUUGCGGCCUACAAAGGCGCCUUGUAG